CUGAGUGACGUAAGAGGAAGAAGUCGCCAUUAGAGGGAGGCGGAUUGAAGAUCUGGGAGUCCUUGGCCUGUCAGAUCCGUAUUGUCACCCAUAAGUGGAGGGGAGACAGGGCCGCUCUCCGGGGCUUGGUAUUUGCCCGCUUCAGUGGUGUCCAUGGCGGCUGGAGGAGGAGGAGGCGGAGCUGCGGCCAGCAAAACGUAUUCGUUCAAGGUGGUGCUGCUCGGAGAGGGCUGUGUAGGGAAGACAUCGCUGGUGCUGCGCUAUUGUGAGAACAAGUUCAACGACAAACACAUCACCACCCUGCAGGCGUCCUUUCUUACAAAGAAGUUAAACAUUGGUGGCAAAAGAGUGAACCUUGCUAUUUGGGAUACUGCUGGUCAAGAGAGAUUCCAUGCACUUGGCCCAAUCUACUACAGAGACUCUAAUGGAGCUAUUUUAGUGUAUGACAUUACAGAUGAGGACUCCUUCCAAAAGGUAAAAAAUUGGGUGAAGGAACUGAGGAAGAUGCUGGGAAAUGAAAUUUGUUUAUGUAUAGUAGGAAACAAAGUAGACUUGGAAAAAGAAAGACAUGUCUCUAUUCAAGAAGCAGAAGCGUAUGCAGAAUCUGUGGGUGCAAAGCACUAUCAUACUUCAGCCAAGCAAAAUAAGGGGAUUGAAGAGUUAUUUCUUGAUCUGUGUAAAAGAAUGAUAGAAACGGCACAAGUAGAUGAAAGAGCCAAAGGCAACGGGCCAAGCCAGUCAGGAGCUGCAAGGAGAGGCGUACAGAUUGUCGAUGAUGAACCACAGGCACAGAGCGCAGGCGGAUGUUGUUCUGGAUAAACGUGUGAACUGAGCAGAUACUUGUCCUUUCAGGAAGAAUGCCAUAUUCCAAGUCACAUUCUUUUACCAUUGGAGUAACAGAAUUUAACAGUAUUUAAAUGAUGAAAAAAAAAAGUAACUAAGUCCAAGAACAAGCGAUAUACUAGCGGAGUGCGUGACCAGGGAAUUGGCAUUUUCUACAGCUGAUAACCGAGCAAUUACCAAUGGCCUUUUUACAUAUGUUUUUCUUUAAUGAAGAAUAAUAUGCAUGUAGAAAAGACCUACUUAAAGCUUCAUUUAUAUUCUUUUUAAAUCUGUUCUUUAUUUAAUAACUUAUGUACAUGGUUAGGAUGGUAUGCACUUUGCUGCCCUUUGUAUUUUGUGGAAAACUAAUUGUAUUCUAAAAUGUAUAUUCCCUCCCCUCCCCCCAGCAGAUACCAGUCAUAUAUUUUGCAGGGUUUGCACAUGUUCUAACUGUCCAUUCUGGUUAUACUUAAUUCUGUAAAAAGAUCUGGUCAAUGUGCGCUGUGCAUUACAUAUUAAAUAUUUUAUCUGCUUUUUUUUUUUUCUUCUCUCCUGUGCAAGAUACGUACUGGAAUGUUGUGAGGAUGACAUUGCAGUUGGCAGGUUGUCUUAAUACUGUUCUGCAAGUGACCUUUGUCCUGUCCUAACCCCUCUCCCGUGUCUUUAGGACCUGCUCGGAUGGCAGUCAUUGCCUACACAUACAUACACCAACAUCAGAAAGGAUCCAGAGUGUCUUGUUUAAGUGAACUCUGCAAAUAAAGGAAUAUGUUGUGUGCGGUGUGUGUACAACCAGCACUUUUUGUUUGGUACCUAUUGGCCCUCCUCCCAUGUAAUUGCUAUUAUUCGUUGUAGAAUAAAUCAUUUAUGCUUAACAAUGUUAUUUCUGGUAUGACCAUAACUUGAAUUUAUUCUAAACCAGUUUUAAAAGUUGAUGUUUUGGCCUGUUCCCUUCUUCUGGAGCGUUCUUUUCCUUCCUUUAUAAAUCACUAAACUAUAACACUCACCUGUUUGUUUGAAGCUUUACACACAAGUAGAUCUAAAUGUCAUGGUAUUAAUCUAGUGGUUCCCUGGAAAAUGUCUUUUCAGUUGUAAUGAUGGGUUUCCUGCACUAUCUUUGUAGAUGAGAUGAAUAUAAGGGCAAUUGUGGUAAAUAGGGGCUAAAAAAUGUUUGACAUCCAUUUUGUUUUAAUUCACAAAAAACAGUAAAGAUAAUGGUUAAAGA